AUGGAGCUUUAUUUAGAAUAUUACGCGAAACGAAUUGAAGGCAUGGAAGUUUUCAUUGAAGCCCCUAUUGAAAGUUACAUAGUCUUAGCUCUGCUCAAAUAUCUGCGAGUGAUCAUAAUUGGUCGAGAUUGUCAGCUUAAUUUUGUUGAAUGCAAAACUAAACUUGAGAAUCGCAAAGACAGCGUCUGGCUGGAACUAACCGGAAUGAGAAUGAAGUUCUUUCAAGCAGACAAAUGGCCAGAAACUGCUUCAUACUGCCAGGUACCGUGCAUCCUGCAUUCUUUCUGGGUUCUCUCCGGUCUAUGCAGUAUCUGUAGACACUUCACCAAAUGCUACACCCUACGUGAACCUAAUUCAAAAAAACUUAUGGGAUUCAAAGGAAACACUCUUCUGGCACCUGCUGAGUUGUCCCUGUGGACCAAAUUCUGUGAAAUUGACAUUGAAGCUUGCGUUCGCGAGGUGCUACAGUUGCAGAGCGGAAAAUCUGUCGUCGUUCCAGAGUGCCUUGGCAAGUUAGAAAGGCAUCUCGCUCAACCGCUCAAAGCCCACAACGUUUAUAAACUGGUCAACAAUGUACAGAACGUGAAAGUUUCGUCCAGCCAAGAGCACCAAAAGUUGAGUGGCGAAACUAAUCACUUCGAUUUCAAAUUCAACCACAGGUAUGUGGAGGGCUAUGAGAAGACCCUAGCCGAUAUAAUGCUUUUUAUUUGCAUUUAUUUGAUCAGCAAGCGUCUCCCAAUGGAAAUGUUGUUGAAACAUUUGCCCCGGGUUACGUGCUGGCAUGACAGAAUGAUAUCAGAGGACGAUCUUUCACUAAAGACUGCUUGCGAUGAAAUCCUUAUGAUUGAUACAAAAUUGCUUAAACCAUUGGAAGUAGAGCAGCUUAUUGUGGAAGUUCCAGAAAAUUUCAGCCUCUACAAGGCAGACACGAAGAAGAUGAAUCUGAUGGGUGCGAAGGUGUUGACUACCAAUCAACCGGAAGUGCGAACUAUCCUCGGAAAGGUGAAAAACAUGGGGCUUGAUGUGCAGAGUAUUCCGAACGAUCGAGAUGGCAAUUUGUUUGACUGGAGUACGGUUCCCUUGGAAGCCCAACCCGCAGGUGGUAAUCUUCCACAGAAUCGCAUCGAUCGUAAGAAACACCAGCUCGAAUCUCUGGCAAAUGAAGUUAUAAGCAUUGCCAAGCCCGGGGACAGAAUAGUUGAGUUUUGCUCCGGAACUGGCCAUCUCGGCAUACUGCUGGCCGUCCUACUUCCGGAAUGUACCCUUUUUUUGGUGGAGAACAAACAAGAUUCGCAAGAAUUAGCUAUGGGCCGUGUUCACAGACUUGGGCUUAAAAACGUCACCUUUGUCCGGAGCAAUUUGGAAUACUUCAAUGCAUCCUUCAACAUUGGCGUUUCGCUGCACGCGUGCGGCGUGGCCACGGAUAUCGUUCUGGAUAAGUGUUUUGCCCAACGAGCCAAGUUCGUCAGCUGUCCCUGCUGCUAUGGAAAGCUGUACGAGUUUGAUCGGAUCCGCUAUCCGCGCAGUCGCGUCUUCCAAACGUCUGAACUAUCGCUAAAGGAGUAUCUCUGUCUGGCGCAUUGUGCCGAUCAGACACAUGACGUGAGAAGCGCCAGAACCAACAUCCCAAAGGCACACCAAGGAUACUACUGCAUGGACAUCAUCGACAAGGAUCGUAUGUUGCAUGCAGAAGAAUUGGGCUAUACCGUUGUGCAGAAACGGCUUAGACCCCAGAAUUGCACUCCCAAAAACCGACUUUUGAUAGGGACAUUGUGAGCUUCACGAGGAAAGGUAAAUAUUUGAAUGCGUUUUGUCAAAGCUGACGAUAAAUAAAGUUUUAUUCCUAACGUA